AGUUGCCUGUGUGCGCACUUGCUUGUUUAAUGUUGCUGUUUAGGGAGCUUUGCAUCAAACACAGAAAUGGCGUGAUAUGUAUUACUUAAUGGAUCUACAAAGUAUGAACAUGGUCGCCGAAUUCGUUCUGGUCGUUCUUUCUUUUUUGCAAAGUGCGUCUGAAGUGUCUGCCAUCUUGCCCAGCCCUCGCAACCUGAGUCUACAGACCCUAAAUACUCAAUACAUUCUGAAGUGGGAAUGGGAACAGCAGACUCCAGCCAAUCAGAGCGUCACCUUCACUGCCCAGUAUCUACAUACAUUCAAAAUCGUAAGGAAAAAACAGGACUGGACCCUGGUGUGCAACGCCACAUUGGACAUGCAGUGUGAUUUCUCCCACUCCCAGAUGCACUACCUAGGGAAAUAUGUGCUCCGGGUCAGGGCUGACAGCGCAGGGGAGAGCUCAGAGUGGGUCCAGACUUCUGUGUUCUGCCCUGACCAGGAUGGAGACCUGGGCCCACCCUCUAAAGUGGAGGUGGUCCCUGGCAACGGAUUGCUAAGGGUAUGGAUUUCUGACCCCUUAACCAGUAACAACAAGUCCAUGAGAGAGACGCUGUUGCCCAGCCUAUAUUUCUUUAUCCAGUACUGGAAGCAGACCAAGAAUGGGGUGGACGGUAGCAGAGUUUUAAGAACAAGUAACAAUGAGGUGACGCUGUUGAACCUGCAGAGCUGGACCACUUACUGCGUGAGAGUGCGCUCUCAUUUUGACUUCUACAAUAAAACCAGCCAUUUCAGCCCUGCUCUUUGCAUGAAAACCACAGGGCAGGUACCCGCCUGGCUGGUCAUCCUGGCACUGUGCCUUGUGUUGGCAGCACUGUUCUUUGGCCUCUACAGAUCACUGCCCCUGAUCAAAUCCACCUUCUUCCCCUCCGCACAGCUUCCAGUCAGCAUGUACCCGUGCGACUCCUCUGGGCCAGACUGGGCUCACCUCCUGGCUGCAGAGACGCCGGUGGAGGUGUUCUGUGAGAAGCUGGAAGUGUGCCCCAAGGAGAUGCCACCCGAAACGCAGGCCCUGCCUGACCCCCCCAGGCACAGCCACCAGGGCAGCCACGACUCAGGGGUAUACUCCUCAUCCGAGGGGUCAGGCCAGCUGGGCGGGGCAUCUGAGCAGACUGACAUGGCAUCGGGACAGAUGGGCGUGGCCACAGGGCAGGUGAACCUAGCAGCGCGGGGGCUGGACUCUGGGAUCGGGAGAAUCGGCAGUGCCCCCGGUGGUGACAGUUGGACGGACUCUCAUAAGAGAGCUCUGGAAGAGGAAAACAAAAACAACACCUGAAAUCGCAUGUACUGUAAAACCCACUGAUGCUGAGUGGGUGGAAAAUAUCACAAAAUGAGCCAGUGUUCAAUAGUUCAAAGAACAGAAACAAAAAGAAAUGUAUGCAAAUGAGCAGCAUCUAAUUUAAUUUUUUUUAAUUUGCUUUUAGUGAGGAGGACAUGAUGUCGUAAGUGUGACACUGCCACUCACCCUCGUAUCAAUGCAUUAAAUACCUCUACCUCAGGGAUUGGGAAAGGGACUCACCCUGUGCUGUGUGCUGAUGCACCCCACUGGCUGCUGACUUUAACUUAUAGCUGCUGAAAUGAGUAAAAGUCAUCCUGUCACAUGACCUGUAUUGGUGAAUAUUAGUGGCCCUGACUGAAAGCAGCAUGAAAUGUGUCAUUGUUAAUUUGCAGUUAGACAAUUGAGUUAUGGUAUAAUAUGCCAAACUACUACAGCCAGUAGUAGUACAGUUUGAUGGUGUUGGAGAGAGGCCUUUAAAAUGAAGGCAUAUGUGCCUUCUUGCAAAGCUGUGGGGGUUUCCGUGGAGACGAGAAGGCCGAAAAGGUCCUAGCUCAGGGGUGGGGCGCGGGAUCCCUGUUCUACCUGCUAAAAGCUACAGAGGGAAGGACAUGCUGAAUGUGCUUUCAGUGGGACCCUCCCAGCAGCCGUCCCACAGGCCUCGUGGUUCCAGCAGUCCCGUGAGGGGCGUGGCCAGCCCUGGUCCCAGAGGACUGCAGGGUCUGGCUCCCGCUUGUUAUUACCGCCCAGGAACGCAGGCGAGGUGAGAAUCGUGAGGUCAGCUCCAUCAGCGAUGGAGUCCGAGUGUCCAGGUGCUGACUGAAAGCUGACUGAGUGCUGUGGCUCUCCAGAACCCGGUUUGGGGAUCCCGGCUCAAAUCCAGGGGCAGCCCUGGUCCAGAGAAGCGAUUCUGACCUCGCAGGAAUAGGUGCGCGGUGUUGUCCCACCCAUCAGAGCAGCUGGUGUGUUGUCUGCCAGUUGAUUCUAGCAGAAACGCUCGCAGUCCUGAUUCUGCUUUUGUUAGCGAGCCGACACCUACCGUGCUGCUGCAGGUGUGCUUGUUAAUGGAAGGAAAUCUUGAGCCUUAAAGAAGUGAAUCUUUUGUUUUUAACCCACUUCUUAUUAUAACCCUCCCACUUCCCCUUUUUAAAACGUCUUCCCCCGGUGGGAUGUGAAUGUGUGUCUGAUUUACCAGUUCAACGGCUGAAGUUAAAACCCUCCACUGUCCACAACAUGCAUUUGACCUUUGAAUUGCAGGGUUUUCCUCAAACUGUCUGACAGUGAUGCUGCACCACCUUGUGAACUUGUGGCACCACCUUGUAAAGUUUCCUUUUAGCCCAACUGAUAACAUCAGUUAUGGUAUUAUCUGAUAUCAUGACAAGACACCUCAAUGCCAUGCUGUCAUAACCCUAACCCUGAACUCGGUAGCACAGGGAAGCGUGUGUAGGCUGAACUCGGUAGCACAGGGAAGCGUGUGUAGGCUGAACUCGGUAGCACAGGGAAGCGUGUGUAGGCUGAACUCGGUAGCACAGGGAAGCGUGUGUAGGCUAUUUUGUGUUGGGGAGUGGUCAGAAUAUUGCCAACGCAUGGAUGAGCUUCCCCAUUCUGUAGUGUGUGCACGUCUCAUGCUGCUGAUAUUAAAACAGUAAUGUUAAAAUGUUUUUUUAUUUUUUAAAUUCCUUAUAUGUGCCCUCCAAGGGUAAAAAAAAAAGCAGCUUUUAAUGGAAAUCUUGAUUGUUAAAUUUAAGUUCAAUGAAUUUUUAUGUAUGUG